AACAAGCCUAACCGGCGGAACAAAUCUCCCCCAAAUCCCAUACCAUGGCGAUCGGCGGCGGCUCCGGCAGCGUCGGCGGCGGGAGCUGGAGCAUCCACGGCCGCGCCGACGUUACCUCCCGCUACGAGGUCCUAGGCCGCGCGGGCUCUGGCGCCUACGCCGACGUCUACCGCGGCCGCCGCCGCUCCGACGGUGCCACUGUUGCGCUCAAGGAGGUCCACGAUGCCGUCAGCGCCCGCCGCGAGGCUGAGGCUCUCCUCGCCGUCGGCCCUUCUCCGCACGUCGUCGCGCUCCUCGACCACUUCCCCGGCGGCGACUGCGACGACGACGUCCUCGUCCUCGAGUGGCUACCGCUCGACCUCGCCGCCGUCGUGCGCGACGCCAGGAGGCGCGCUGCCGGCGGAUGGGGCGUCAUCCCCACCGCACAGCUAAAGCGGUGGAUGCUUCAGGUGCUCGAGGGCGUCGCUGCGUGCCACCGCGCCGGCGUCGUGCACCGCGACCUCAAGCCCGCAAACCUGCUUAUCUCCGAGGACGGAAUGCUCAAGGUAGCCGACUUUGGUCAGGCCAGGAUACUUCAGCAGACAGCAUCUAUAUACCAAGAUAUGCACCCACAUGAUCAUAACUCAGGCAUGGAACCUUGGGUUUCACAACAACCAGCAGUGCUACAAGGGACAGAAGAGGAAUCUCCAUGUUAUGAAUCAGUCGUUCCUGCUGCCCAAGAGCCAGAGACCCUAACUGCAGCUGACUACCUGCGUGAGCUGGACCAACUCCGAGCCAAAUCCAGCGAUGUGGACAAAAUGAGCCUGCAGGAUGGAGAUGCAUCCUGUCUUGCCACAUGCAGCACAGGAGACAUCGAAGAUGAUCCAUUCCGAGCAUCCUACUCAUAUGAUGUCGAAGGCAUAGGUGAAGAAUCUGGUGUCUUCACUUCUUGUGUUGGUACGAGGUGGUUCAGGGCUCCUGAGCUUUUAUAUGGGUCAACAAAUUACGGGCUAGAGAUUGACCUCUGGUCAUUAGGAUGCAUCUUGGCGGAGCUCCUGAACUUAGAGCCUAUAUUCCCAGGGAUAUCGGAUAUUGAUCAGAUUAGUAGAAUGAUCAGUGUCCUUGGCGAUAUCACAGAAGAAACCUUUCCAGGUUGUUCAAACUUGCCAGAUUACAAUAAGAUUUUCUUUAACAAAGUUAAGAAACCGACAGGCCUUGAAGCAUGUCUGCCUAACAAAUCACCUUCUGAGGUCAGCAUCAUAAAGCAACUAAUUUGUUAUGACCCAGCAAAGAGGACCAGUGCUGCAGACCUGCUGAAUGAUAUGUACUUUACAGAAGAACCCUUGCCUGUACCUAUAGGAGGAUUACAAGUCCCAGCAUCAAAGGAUGAGGAUGAUGACAGCUCAAUGGAAGAAUGGGGGAUUUACAAAGAUGGUGGCUCGGAUUCAGACUUCGAUGAGUUUGGUAGCAUGGAUGUCACCAAAACUGACAAGGGUUUCAGUAUACGCUUCUCUUGAGUCUUGAUAUAGAAGACGCGGAGGGUCUACAUCAUUGUACCAUGUCCAAAACAAGACUAUAUCAUGGUAUGUGGCUACACUGGAGUAGAAAUCUCUGUCAACAUAGCUGAAUGAAUACUUCAGUCAGAGAUUGAAGAUUGGACCAUGUUGUAUGGAAUGUUGAUUACGUUUUAUUAGUAUAUAUACUUUGUGAUUCUUUGUACAACAGAACCACUUUGCCUCCGGAAAUAAAAAGAAAAACAUGUGGUAGUUCAUGCAUGCACUUC